UUUAUAAAGUCAAUUAUUAGUGGUUGUUGUUCUAUUUAUGGCAAAAUUUUUCUUUCGAGAACAAAGAAUUAGUUUCCUACGUGGAAAAAGUGCAAAUACAUAAAAUAUUACACAAGAUAGAAAUUAAAGUCGGUGCAAGAAAGCAUAAGCUUUUAAAAGAAUACAGCAAAAAUACAUAAUAAGGGCGCAAAAUAUAAUAAUUGGCUUCCUGUUUUGUGUGGUAGAAAGCUUUUGUUGUUUUUCUGCAGAGUGCUUAAAACGCUGACUUCAAUGCUAUUGUUAUAAACGACACAAGAGUCUGCAGAUAUUAUUCAAGUGCUUUUGAAGAAUUGGAAAGAGGCAAUAUUUGUUUAGAAGUUGUGCAAUUGUGGACAAAAAGAAUCAAAGCGUUCAAAUUGAAAUAAAAGAUAAUUGAGCAGCAAACAAGAUACAUUAGGACCAGUGCUGUAGCUCUCGGAACAACACCUGAAGCUGCAACCUUGGCAGAUAUAAAUUGUUUCGACUGAGAAAUUUUAUGCCGUAGCUUUUCCUUGGAUAUGGAUUGUAAAUUUAUUGUUUAUAAUGCAGCUCGAGAUAAUAAUUUAGCUCAAUUGAAGCAUAUUCUUUCCAACAGACCGGAGGCGGAAAUAAAAAUGAUCGUUGCUGCAAAAGUGAAUGGAGCUACGCCAUUGGUAAUUGCAUGCAGGAAUGGCCACUACAAUAUUGUAGAACAUCUCUUAAAACGACAUGCAGACGUUGAGCAAGUGGGUUCAGUGAGUUUCGACGGAGAGCCCAUUGAAGACGCACCACCCUUAUGGUGCGCUGCUGCUGCUGGGCACUACGGUAUCGUAAAGUUGCUGGUACAUCACGGGGCAAAUGUGAAUAGCACUACGCGCACAAACUCAACACCACUGAGAGCGGCUUGUUUCGAUGGACAUUUUGAUAUUGUGAAGUUUCUGGUAAACAAUGGCGCAGAUUUUGAAGUGGCAAAUCGUCACGGCCAUACAUGUCUAAUGAUCGCAUGCUAUAAGGGUCAUUAUAAGAUCGCACAGUAUUUACUAUCAUUAAACGCGGAUGUGAAUAGGUGCAGCGUGAAAGGAAAUACAGCUUUACAUGAUUGCGCAGAGUCUGGAUCGCUAGAGAUUUUACAAUUAUUGUUAAAGCAUGGCGCGACUAUGGAUGUCGAUUAUUAUGGUAUGACACCACUUUUGGCAGCCAGCGUUACUGGGCAUUUGCCAAUUGUAGAACAUCUUAUUACUUUGCCCUGCGUGAGUCGAGAGAGUCGCAUCGAUGCUUUAGAAUUGUUAGGUGCAACCUAUGUGGACAAAAAACGUGAUAUGAUUAGUGCUUUGUCGUUGUGGCGACGAGCGAUGGAGGAUCGAAACCAAGAGCCGAAAAUACCAAAAACUAUUAGCGAACCAAUAGCCGCGUAUGAGUAUGUGUCGGAAGUGGAGACAAUAGAGGGCCUCGAAGAGUUGGUGCUAGACCCCGAUGAAAUGCGAAUGCAAGCUUUGGUUAUACGGCAAAGAAUUUUAGGUCCAACCCAUCCUGAUACAAGCUAUUAUAUACGAUUCAGAGGGGCACAUUAUGCAGACGCUGGACGAUUUGAUCGCUGUAUUGAGUUGUGGACGUACGCCUUGACGAUGCAGCAGAAAAUUCUUCAGCCUCUAAGUCCAAUGACUCAAUCAUCUUUGCUAUCGUUCGCUGAAUUAUUUAGUUUUAUGCUAGUCGAAGCAGGUCGUUUGCUACCUCGCGGCCGCAUUGUACCUCCAAUUGAAGCGUCAGAUAUGUUGAUGAUAUUUAAUAAGGCUGUAAUGGAAGUUGAGCGAGGCCUCCAGUGGACUCUAGAUCAGGAGGAAAGUCCAGUUUCAUUACCAUCCAUACAUGAUUGUAAUCACGAUCCCAACGCACUGAGUCGCGCAUUAGUAAGCGCUUUACAUAUUGGCUGUUUAUUAGCUUCACUGGAAGAAAACGAAAAUUUCUGCCCGAAUAUGCGAAAACAAAUUUUGUAUUCUUUGUAUAAGUUGAAUCGACUCAAAGUGUCAGUUCGAUCCGGACGAACUGCUUUACACUAUGCUUGCUACCGCGAAGGUACACUUGUUGGUCGUUAUCCUGCUUGUCAAUUUCCCUCACCAGCGCUAGCAAAAGCUCUGCUUGAAGUUGGAGCCGACCCGAAUGUCAGAGAUGAUGUAGGAAACACGCCUUUACAUUUGACUGCAACAGCGCAAUCGUGCCCCAAAACAUUGGCGAAAAUUCUUUUGAAAUAUGGCGCACAUCUGGACGCCAAAAACGAUGCAGGGGAAACUUUCGAAACACUAUUGAAGCCUAGAAAAAUACAUGAAGUUGUUAAUCCUCUAAAAUACACAUCUUUAGCCUGCCUAGCUGCUCGAACCAUACAAAAACAUCACAUUCAGUAUGUGAAUGUCGUACCUUCAUCACUUUAUAAGUUUAUUGAGAUUCAUUAAAAUGCUAGAUUGUGACAAAAGUGCUCACAAAACGUUUAUAGGGCAGGACAGUCUCAGUUAUGGAUUAGUUUGUGAUCGAUGGGGGCUUUAAUUUUAAAUUUCAUUAUAUUUCACGUGUAUAUUUCUUAUCAAAAAUCGCACAAAGAGAUAUUUAAGUUAUUUGUUCAAGUAUUUACGCCAUUUCUUCCCGCUGGACGUUUGCACUGAUUAAUUUAAUAUUAAAAAAUACUAUAGCCUGCAGCGAGUUAAAUGUUAAUUAUUAUUCAAUCUCUGAUUCUCAACGAAAAACAUGAAACAUGAACUAUUUGUAGGGAUACCAAAUGACAAACAGAAAGAGGGUCUGUGCAAAUCCCAACUAAAGGAAUAGAUUAAGGUCUUUGAAUAAGAGCCGCGGUCCAAACGGAAAGGCGGUAGGCCAUAAUGAAUGAAUUAACGAUUUUUGUGUUUCAGAUAAAGCAUAAAUACAUACUUAAAUAUAUUGUUAGAUAGAAAAAGAAAAAAAAAACAAAACAAACAAACGACUAGGCAAAUAAGCGUAAGAAAAUAAAAAUUUUGCAAAACAGUUAUUCAAAUAAAUGUAUACAUAACUAAAUUCUACGGUUAUCAAUACACAUUAUCGAUUUUACUUAAAUUAUCUUAGUUGAGGUAAAGUAGCAAUAAUAUGCAUGUUAUUCUUUAAGAAGAGCUUCAUUAAAUUGGCAUCGCCUUAUUUGCAGAAAACUGAAAAUCCGCUUGCGGGAACAACUGGUUCGAAAAUGCAUUCGACUAAUUGUUGUAAAAAUUAGAACUUAGAUCCAUUUAUUAAGCCGUAAGAAUUGGAUUUUGUAUCUGAAAAAUAUCGUUUAAUACAAAAUCAGAGAAAAAACCAAAAUAUUAAUAAAAACAAAAACAAUUGUGUUUUUCACA